AUGCGUGUAUCCUGCUCCUUGGUUUCUACCGUCAUCUUACUUGCGGGCCAAUCUCAGUCUGCCCCGAUCCUUGGCCUAGAUGGCGGGCUUUUGAGCACCAACCUCCAGCUCCUCGGCGGCCUGACACACACCAUUGAGGGGGUUCCGGUCGCGGGUCAACUGACCAACGGUUUACUCGGAGUAUCCAACGAUGGCACUAGCGCUGGACUGCUCACGACUGACGGUCCAGACGGAGGUUCCAAACUUGCUGAGGUGCUCGAAGCCUCAAAACCUGACAGUUUGGUCGAAGGCUCUAAAUCUGGCGAAUCAUCAACCAUUCCUGGAAAGGAUGGCAGCGACUCACUGCUUGACACACAUGGCUUGUUGGGAGAAUCGUCACUCAACAAGCGCUUUAGCCUACCACUGAUUGGUGAAGUGGGAGUUUUCGAUGGAUUCACAACUAAAGCCAAGUUUAUGGCUUCCGACCUAGGCUCCAAGCUCAAUGGGAUCCUUCGCAGGCGUACUGCACAGUCCAGUUCACCCUCGGCGAUCUCAGCUCUCAGGAACAUGCCGUUUAUCGGCUACAUGCCCGGUGCGCCCAACCUGCCAGCGAUCAGCACCUUGCCGUUCGUCCGCAGCGCCCCUGGAUUGGCACUCAUCCCCGGCCUUGGAACCACCUCGGCUGCCAGUGGCAUCGGUUCUGCAGUCGAUAGCAUAGCUAGUGCCCACAGGAACGCUACUGAAGCUGCCCUGGAUGGCCCAAUGAAUGGCAUAAACACCAGCAUAAAUUCAGCUUUCAUUGGGAUCAUGAGUGGCGUGGGUAAUGCUCCCACCUCUGUGGAUUCCUUUCUUGAAAAGGACACCCACACCUGAGCUGACGGAUUCCCCCGACCUUGAAGCACGACACCACCAUCUAUUUUCGAAUCAUGACCUAUCACGCCUUCAAGCGACACCUUGCACUGAUUAGUUUCCAAUCAUCAAGUCUCUUCCAAACAUAUUUAUAUAGCUAUUUAACCUUUUUCACCACAAGCAUACCCGAUCGUUUCAUGUCUGAGCAGUCAAUUUGCAUUAUUGAGAUUGUACUCGAAAUAUCGUUGUAAUUAGAGAUAGUUUAUUUUAACACUCUUUGAAACAUAGCUACAAUCGUUAUGAUUUCAGGCGGUUUGCGAUUCCGAAAAAGUGUUCCAAAAC